CGCCCCUCCUCCCCCCAAGCCAUCUCCCUGGCCCCCCCAGGGAUGAACCUGUAAGCACCUGAGGAACCAAGCUGCCCCUCCCUGGCUCCUGGCAGCUCCUUGGCUCUUAGUGGUCUCUUACUCAGGGUUUUCCUGAGUUCCCAGGUAAGACCCCAUGUGUUGUUACCUUCCAGCAGCCUUGUAAUCCUCUGCACUGACUAGGAGCCCCCAAAUCAGCAGUGAUACAUCGCUGCUUGCCCAGAGAACAGUCAAGGGCUGCUAAAAAUGACAGAAUAUAAGCUUGUCGUUGUUGGAGCUGGUGGUGUAGGCAAGAGCGCCUUGACAAUUCAGCUAAUUCAGAAUCAUUUUGUGGAUGAAUAUGAUCCUACAAUAGAGGAUUCAUACAGGAAACAAGUAGUAAUUGAUGGAGAAACCUGUCUCUUGGAUAUUCUUGACACAGCAGGUCAAGAAGAGUACAGUGCAAUGAGGGACCAAUACAUGAGAACAGGGGAGGGUUUUCUAUGUGUAUUUGCCAUAAAUAAUACAAAAUCAUUUGAAGAUAUUCAUCAUUAUAGGGAACAGAUAAAAAGAGUUAAAGAUUCUGAAGAUGUCCCUAUGGUGCUAGUAGGAAACAAAUGUGAUUUACCUUCCAGAACGGUAGAUACAAAACAAGCUCAGGACUUAGCAAGAAGUUAUGGAAUUCCUUUCAUUGAAACAUCGGCAAAGACAAGACAGAGAGUGGAGGAUGCUUUUUAUACAUUGGUGCGAGAGAUUCGACAAUACAGAAUGAAAAAAAUCAGCAAAGAAGAAAAGACUCCAGGGUGUGUGAAAAUAAAAAAAUGCCUUGUAAUGGGUGUCGAUGAUGCCUUCUAUACAUUAGUUCGAGAAAUUCGAAAACACAAGGAGAAGAUGAGCAAAGAUGGUAAAAAGAAGAAAAAGAAGACAAAGACAAAGUGUAUAAUUAUGUAAAUACAAUUUAUCGUUUAGUCUUUAGACGUACUUAAGUGAUUUUUUUGUACAUUACACUAAAUUAUUAGCAUUUGUUUUAGCAUUACUUAAUUUUCUUUCUGCUUCAUGAACCUGUUAGUUUUAUCUGAAUGCUUGUUUUAAAUGACAGUGGUAACAUUAUUCCUCUUAAGUGCCAGUAUGCCUGUGAAAAAACAAACAAACAUGAGAAUUGUCUUUUUUGGUGCAUGCACAGUUACUAACUUCCUAUUUUUCUUAUCAGUUGUGAACUUUUGUUCUGUGCGCAAACAAUAAUGAAGUAAUGGUCCACAGGUUGUUUGGUUUUGUUUUUUAAAACAUGGCUUUUACUGUGUUUUUUUUCUUUCCCUCUAAUCUGGUUGGGUAGAAAGACUAGCUAACAAAACAGACUUUUAUUUCCAACAUUUGUUUUCUUUUAUUCUAGACUGACUGCAAUAUUGAGAGACCAGAAGCCUUUUUAUAGUCUUCCUAUAGAUUCUGCUUUUAGGCAUCUAGUCUUGUAGCAUUUCAGAUCAACUUUAAUGAAUGUAAAGAAGUAACUUUCACAAAGUUUUUCACUGCAAUUUGUCAUGGUCAUUCUUUAAAUGCUAUAUUUUUUCUAGAAAAAAAAAAUUAAAAAAAAGACGACAAUGCACAUCUGGCAAUGGAAAAAGUAAAAGUUCUGAUUAGAUUGAGUUGCUCUGGUACUGCAUUGCUUUAAGACUUCCACUAAAUUUUUGGUUUUUGGAAGACCUAGGGUGAAGUCCUACCUCUUCUGAAGCUGGUGGAAAACCUCAAAGUAGCUUCAGUAGGUCCAAGAUCUUGCCUUUAGUGUCUCUAACAAGUAUGGGAGCGCCUUAACAGAUUAGUUAAUUCAGUCUCUUAGAUUUAAUUCAUAUAUGAAUUCCAAGUUUAUCCAAGAAUGAGGUCAAGACCUCUUGGCCAUAUGGGUGCCAAUUCUGCCCCUCCUUCCCCUGUGACAUUAAAUAUUUCCAAAUGCCUAAUUUGUAUAUAAUAGGAGGCAUUUUAAAUUCUAGUAACCUCUUUAGUUUCAGUAAUUGAAUAAGCUUGUUAUUCGGCUGCUUCAUGCAAAUUAUUUGAAAAUCCAUUGUGCCAUAAAAAUGGUGAUAUGGAAUUUGCACAGACAUUCAGUAGACAUAGUUGAGAUCAUGGUUUCCAGAAUCAGUGUCAUUUUGUGUGAUUCUUGUGAAGUGUUAAUCCCCCUACCCCUCCAAUAAAGUUGGUUAGUGACAUAAAAAUGUCAGGGUUGUUUCACAACCAGGUUUGUCAAUGUUGUUGUAUGAUUUCUGGUUGGAAUUGAUGAAUUAUUUUGAAGUUUUAAAUGGUAGUACUGCAGUAGUUUGAGUUAUCAGCACUGAAGUAAGUCAGUAAUUCUAGUGUUGUCUAUUCUUGUGAUUUUGUGAGUCUUGUAGUAUAUGACUUUUUUUUUUUUAAGCCCCAGCUCCUGGAUCUGUAAGUUUACAUGAGAAUCUCAGCUUCCUUUUUUUUUUUUUUUUUUGUUUGCUUUUUAAGAGAGCAGUUAGCCGUUGUUGCAAAGUAAGGAUUGAAAACAUAAUCGCCCCAGUGUAUUUUAAAGGAUAAAAGAGAAGAUUAGAUAAAUACGAAACAGUUUUUCUUUAAAGCCUUGUGAUGUUUUGGGAAGCCUGAUUUGUGAAUUCUGAAAGUUCAGAAUAGGGAAAAGCAGUAUCGUGUAUCCUAAGUUUUAUAUCAAAACUUUUAAUUGGAGUUUAUAUACUGAGUUGAUAGAGUAGGAUUUUAAUGCACCAGUGUAACUUGAAGCCAUGUGUAUGAGUAUGCAGGAUUACCUUUUUAUUUCUACCCACAGAGCAGAGGUGGUCACAUUUGAAGGAAGCAAAAAGUAUCCUAACUGGAUAGCUCUUAAAGUUGGCUGAGGAAGUAAUAAGACUACUACCUUAAUAGCCUUUAAGAUUUGGGUCUGGGAAAGAAUGUAAAAUUCUUUGGAUGUGGGUAAUGCUACCCUUCAUACUGCUUACAAUACUGAAAGAUGAUCAUAGGAGAACCUAACCAUAUAUUUUAAAUAGGACCAAUAAGAAAUGAGAACAAAUACCUAUAGAUGUUGUAAGCCUCUUCUAUUCACAAUUUCUAAGGUUAAAACAUAUUGAAGUUGAGAGUUGUGUUGGUUGUCUUUCCAUAUUUCAGAUGCUACUAUCAAUGUAUUUUGAAUAAUGUAGCAGAAGUGGAUGGUGUU